AUGAAACUCGCCAGCAUCUAUGGUAUAAUGGCAUCUCCUUUGUGGAGCUUGAUAUUGAGCUCAGCACGCAUGAGUGGAUUGGCGAUUGACGUGGGACUUGGAUCGAACCACGGAGCGCAUCGGCAGAAGAACUACGGAAUUAAUGAAUCUAGUAGCCGUAAGAUGUAUGUUAUGUAUAAGCGUGACGGACACGGAACGUUGGAAUGCACAAGUCUUCGGACCUUCGAUGGAUUAGCACCUCUGACUCCUAAGAGACUGAUCGAGGAUGCUGUCACUAGCCGAAACCUCGGGUGUUGCAUUCAGACAUGUAUCGCUUCCAAUUCUCGACACACACAUCCAGGUUCGCCGAUCAACAGGCUCCGAAAUAGCCGACCCGGUUCAAGUUUUGUUCAAAUUUCCCCCUUCAACCAGAGGACACGCUCACCAUGCCAGCAUGUCCAAACUCCGGACAUGAUGAAAGAUACAAAUUUGCAGAGCUAUGUCCUUGAUCAACCCCGAAUGGAAAAUGUUCACGCGUCGUGA